AUGGAUCUAAUCCGAGAUUACUCAUCGGAAUCAGAUAGCGGAGAAGAAGAGCUGGAAGAGAAGAAGUCUCGGGAGAUAAUCACGGAAGCACAAUCCCCACCCGCACCACCUCCACUACAAAUAUUCCUGCAGCAGUAUCAAAACAUGCACUCGGGGUCAAAAGUAUCAGUCUUGUUCACAUCAAUACCAUGGAACCCAUCAAUAACAACAUUAGCCCGACUUGAGAAAGCAGUAAACUAUUCUAUAUCACAACUACCCUCGUUGUCGAAUAAUUAUCGGUUCGUGGUACCAAACAAGGACCCCUUCCGACUUGAAAAACAUCAUAUAACAAUAUGUCCCGCAUUGCAUAUGAAAGAAGCAGUGGAAUUGCAGUUCAUCGAUUGCGUACGAGAGAAAUUGGUAAAGAGCAAACCACUGUCGACACUACUAUCAAACAGUAGAGGAAAAUCUUCACCACUUUCAAAGAUCAUUCAUUCAAAAACGUCAAUAUGUCUACGACUAGAGGACACUAUUACCAUUGGUAAAAGCCCGCUCAAAGACUCUCUAUUCUGCAUGCUAAAGAUCAAGCAAACACCGGAAACAUUGCAAUACCUUUCUAGUUUGCAAGAGAGCUGCACUACAGCAGCAGACCGUGUCGGGGCUCAAUUACAAUUUCCUGAGUUAUUGAAAGAUCCUUUGCAUGUGUCAAUUGCAACUGGGUACGUCACUAGAAAGAGCUUGUCGGACCAGGAGGUGAAGGAAAUCAAUCAUCUGCUCAGUUCCAUCAACGUCGGUCAAUUUACCAAAGACAUUGAUGUGGCUGUUGACGAAAUGACGAUACGAAACAUAAUGUCCAAGAGUCACCAAAAGGCUAUAGAAAGGCAGUUACUAGAUAUUGUCAACAGCAGAGGUAACGACAAUCGGUGCGGUGAGUGUGGCGCAGAGUACCCAACAUGGGCGUCGUAUAAUUUGGGAAUGUUUCUUUGUGGAAGAUGUGCUUCCGCUCACAGACGUAUUCUUGGCCCACCAAAUUAUAACAUCUCAAAAGUUAAAUCUUUAACUUUGGAUAGGUGGUCCGACCAGCAAGUGGAUAAAUUAAGAAGAGUGGGGAAUGCUCGAGCCAAGAAAAGAUGGAAUCCCAAGAGAAUUCCUUUCCCGUUUGAUGGUGAUGACGAUGUAACCGCUGUUGAACAAUAUAUUAGAGACAAAUAUAUAUUGGGCAAAUUCCGUGACGACGAUGUGGACCCAUCAGAGUUUGAUGACGAUAGGAUGAGCAAAUAUAGCAGCAACGAUGAUAGUCACUCUCGUCACUCAGCUAGGCUGAGAUCAAAUAGCACCAGGAGUAUACAACAAUUACCCAAGUUGACACACCGGAAAUUGACAACUUAUGAGUAUAGUCAAUACCAGUUACAACAAAACCAAAUGCGCAGUUUUGGAUAUCAAGAUAGAGAUGCCGCAUUAGAGAGUUUGUUACUAGCCAAUGGUGACGUUGAGUUGGCCAUAGACAUAUAUAAACAAGAUGCAAAAGUGAAUCCUGGAAAGGAAGAAAUUGCUCCUGGCUUACCAACUAGACCGCGACCAACUACAGCGCAAGCUCAAUCAACGACGUCAUCAGGACCUGUUUCAUCUAAUUCAGAUUGGUGGAGUAACCCUGGAUCUAAUGUUGGAUCUGCAACCGUAUCAACCAUGCCAACGGGAGCACAACCUGUAACCCCUCAGAUUUACCAAUAUACCGAUCCGGUUACAGGUCUAGUGUCUUACGUGGAUUCUAAUGGACAAGAGUACUUGGACCCAAACAAUCCUCAGCAUCAACAGCAAUUGAUGAAUAUGACAAACCCGCAGUUGGUUGCACAGCAAACUAACAAGCAGAAUAUCAUGUCCUUGUACAACCAGCCCACAACAGCGUCUCCUCAAUCGCAAGGUGGCCAACAACAGCAGCUGUACUUUCCCCAGCAAAAUGGGUUAGCACAAGCGGCACAAACGGGGUUGAAUCAGCCGGGUUUUGGAUAUAUCCAACAACCGCAACCGCAACUGCAACAACAGACACAACCGCAAGCUACCGGUUUUGGCCAAGUUCCACAACCUCAAUUCACCGGAUUCGGACAACAACAGCCUCAAGUUACUGGGCUUGCACAACCUCCUCAGACCCAAUUUACGGGAUAUGGACAACCACAACAAUCUGGGUUUUAUAACCAGCAAGGGUUUCGUUGA